AUGGAUGAAUGUCGUUUGACUCGUUCACCAUCCAUUUCAAGCUUCGACACUAAUCAUUCAUCGUGGAGUUUUGUGGGCGAAGAUGAUUUCGAUUUGUUAGAUGAAGAGGAAGAUGAUUCGGCGUCAGAAAAUGAGGUGGAAGAGGAAGAUGAUCAGGUCGAAAAUGUUGAUGAUGAUUAUGAUGAUGGAGAUGAGGAUAGUAUAGAUGAUGAUGACGAUAUUUCUGUAGUUACUGAAGAAGACGUGCUCAGUGAUCCCUCCGCGCUUGCGUACACUGACGUUGUCAAAGUAUCCGAACAACUGGAUGAAUUAUCGAAAUGCUUUGAUUCACCAUUCAAUCAAAUCAUGGAGGAUUUUGCUUUGGAACGGAAUAUCAGAUUCAUGGCAAUCAUUUCAGCUGCUGCUAUUGCUAUGGUUACAUUCUACUACGCUUACGGUAUUGGAAAGCCAGAGUCAUUGUCAUAUAUGUCAGCAGAAAAUGUUUGUUUCGUCAAUGAGGAUCGCUUUCUUGGUCUGCAGUACCGAGAUAUUGCUCCUUCCUUUUUACAUCCAUUCUUUGAAACUUUGCUGAAGCCAUCAAUUUCGGUUUGCUCUGUUUUGCCAUCCAAUAUUCCGAAGAUGCAUGCAAUUAAACCGUUUUCUUGGAUAUUUAAUGCUGAAGGCAUCAGUGCAACGCAAGAUAAGGAUGGAUAUUUCGCUAAAAAUCAAUGCGAACGUGUUUCAAUCGAACAUCAGUUCAGUGCAAAAAGUGAAACCGUUCGACGAUAUUUAAGACAUACGAAGAAACUAAAAAAACCAUGCAACUAUUAUUCAUUGAUUUUGCCAAAUAUAAGCGAAACAUUGAUUGAUAGCAGAAAAGAUCAUGACGGAAAACUGCAGGUGGAUUUGCAGAUGGUGGUAAUUGAUUCUUCGGAAAAUCGGAAUUCGAUGGAAACUGAAUCAUCAGGACAUUCAGAGUCUGUUAAAAUAGAAAUUUCUAAAUUCCAGAAACCCUUGUCAAUCCCUAAAUUAAUUCUACCAAUUCCGACAUUUUCGGCAAACCAUCCUUUGAUUAAACCGAAAAUUGGAUUGUUAACAUCACAAGUUUCAUCACAAGAAUUGUCGGCACAAAGGGAGACCACAUCUGUUCCGGAAAGCAUAACGGAUUUUGAGCGUAUUGAAAAGAAGUGUUUUGAAGCUAUAUCAAGUGUGAAAAAUAUCAAAUCAUUGGAAAAGAAACUACAAUAUUAUAACGAUUUAAGUUCAUUAUUUGCGGACUCAAAGUUACGGGAAUUGAAGAAGCUACUGGAAAGUAAUUCUGAAGAAGUACGCCAAUCAAAAAAAGACAAGAGUAAAGUUUUGGUAAUUUCUUCGGUGAAGAAAGCGAUUUCAAGAACAGUUAAGCGAACCAAAGCGCAUCGUGAUAAGAUUUUAGAGCAGUUGAACAGAGCUGUAAAUAACAUUCCAGGAAAAAAUCGGCUAAAAUACAUCAAUUCUCUUUUGGAUCUCUCGAUUUGUACUGAUCUACGUUUAAUUUGUGAAAAAUAUUGGUGGACCAAAGAAUGCUGUCCAAAGGAAAGAUGUACUUUCCCUCCAUGGCAACGCCAUUUUAAUGCAAAACGAUUUUUGGCUUCACAAGGUCAUAAAAUGUAUGAGGCAUUUAAAGAAGUCGGCUGGUUGAUACCUGAGAAGAAACAUAAAGAUAGUGAUGGUAAGGUGAAGUUCAAGUUCGGUCGUUCGAGUCGUUCAACUGGUUCGGCGAAGGAAAUGCGUUCUCGGCAGAACAGAAAAAAAUCGAUGGAAAGUUACUCCAGGAAAAGUGGUAUCCAAGAUCGCAUACACUGA